UAAAGUCGUGAAAGUGGUCUCUUUUGACAAGUAGGACACCGAUAGAUCGAGAGUAUGGCACAGUUUAUAACUUUUGUAUUUUGUUGGUGCUUACUACUGGAGAUUUGCCUACCAGCGCCUUCUGAUUAUGACAAAAAAGCAAACGAAGAAGGAAAUCUGAUGAUAACAGAGGUAAACAAAGGAGGACACAAACUACUUAACACUGACUCCAAAGCAAAAGAACUUUUACAAAAGCUGCAGAAAAAUCUAAGUACUUUUGAUUCAAACACAGCUUUAGAAGAAGUCAGACAUGUCAAAAAGCAAUUUACGAAUGUUCUUAAAAAUGACACAUCUACCCAUAGUAAAGAAAAAAGUGCCAAACUUGGACAAUUAAGUACUAUGUCUCCUGAAAAAUCAGUAAGAAAUGUGGAGGCUACAUUACCUGGGCUUAAAAUAAGUACAGUCAAACCAAUUAUAAAAGACAUAGUAUCCCCCAAAAAAGUGAACACCAAAUUCUUAGGGAAAGAUCACUUUGAUCCAGAGAUAAGUGAUGAACAUGGUAAUGUGAUUCAAAGGGUAACAUUUAACCAAUCAAAAACUACAUCUACAACAUCAUCAAAAGUAAUCGAGCAAACAACCUUGGCAGCAGAGAAAAUUGCCGAUAUUGUGGAAAAUGUGGGUCUGAUGCCAGGGCCAGUGAUUAUUGAUCCGUAUGAUAAAACAGCAGAAGACGAUCUGUUCUGGGACGAAAACCUGAAAUCAGCAUCCAAAGACACAAACAAUCAACUCCAUGAUGAUUAUGAACGAGAAGAUGAUGACUGGUAUGAAGAUACAAACACUCUGGAGAGCGAAGACAAGGAAGACAACUCUGAUGAAGAUACAGAUGACUGGAACUUUUGGAAUGAUCACCAUGAGGUUGUAACAGAUAAAUAUGUCAACGUGGCAGACAAAUUUGGGGACUUCUGGGAUGAGGAGAGUUAUGCUCAAGCUCCAUAUUUAAAGGAAAACACCGUAACAUCCCGCUGGAAUCGUAAUGACCGAGGCAAUAUACGAAGAGAAAUCAACAUGAUGACGCUGUAUUGCUGGGUGCUCUUUAUUUCCAUGACAAUGCUGAUCUUGUAUGUCUUCUACAAACAGAAAAAUGUGUUUAAGCCAUAUUGGAUGUAUUUGUAUCGGCGCCCUGCUGAAAGGAGACUGUCAUCGGAAGAUGCUGCAGAGGAAAGGAAAGGCAUAGUGAACCAUGCCUUUGCUUGAUAUGCAUUACCCUCCAUUAGGUGAACUGUGUUUACACUAAGUACCUGUCAUGUUCUGUAGGUUUACUCUAGGUACCAUCUGUAUAGGGAAACAGAUUUUCAUAAUACAUUACCUAGCAUAUGGAGAGCCAUGUUUAUGCUUUGAAUGCAGUACCCAGUAUUUUGUGCCAUGCUUUAAUAUUCCCACUGUAGGUGGACAGUGAUUGAUACAUAAACAUGUACCACUGCAUCAUGAGCCACGUUUAUGCUAGAUGCAUAUUACCUUCCAUUGAACAUAUAGCAAUAACUCAAUAAGAUUUUUUUUGAGAAUUGCAUCUGCAAGACUGCAAAUGCACAGCAUUAUUGAUUUGAGUGCCAUAUAUAACUUGGCAAUGAAAUGAAAUAAUGUGUCUUUCUUGCCUCAGUUUUUUUUUAUUAGAAGUAGCUGAACCAUUUAUAAAAUGAUGCCAGUGCAGAACCCAGAAGAUCUCACUGUAAGAUUUAUACAAGUCCCCUCACUGCAAGAUUUAUACAAGUCCCAUGAUUAUUUUUUUUUUAUCUUUGUUACUUUCCUAUAAGCAGUUUAAAUACAUGUAAGUCCCAUAGACUCUUUAUAUUUAUGACUUCCAGUAAGCCCUCUAUAUACAUGCAAGUCCCAUGAAUGUUUCUGUAUGCCCUCAAUAUAGUUCUAAGUCCAGUGCUGGAACUUGCAAUUAAAACAUUUUGAUUAAAAAAAAAACAGACUGCAUUUCCAAGUAGUUUUCUUUUCUUUUUUUUUUUUUACAAUCCAUUUCCUCAAACAUACCCAUUCAUCUUUUUCAAAAUUAAAUCAGUCAGGGCACAAGAAACAAUUUUUAGGUGCUAUAAGUAUGGUUGAAAGGCGACAUCAUUAUCUCUUGUUUAUUUUUUGGGAAGCAAAAAAGGAAUAUGGUUGAUUUGGUUAGGACCUGCUUAGUCAAUGUGAGUGAUUAUGCCAAUUUGAAAGGGGGGGGGGGGGGAUUUGAAUUCAAUCAAAAUUUAGAGGCAUUGUCAUUUUUACUGUGUAACUUGUUUUAUGAAUAAAACAUUUUCUGUUAUGAAUUUUUAUGCAUGUUAAAUUUUACCGGUACUCAGAUUUUUUGCAUUUGCACAUUUUCAAACAACCAAGUGUGUAUUGCUCUAUCUUACUUUGAAAUUUGUUAAAAAUAAACAAUAUAAAAUUU